AUGGGCACAGCUGCGCCGCCGACUAGCGAUGCAAUCCGGCCAAACUAUACUCCGUCUCCAACCACCCGAGACCGUCCAGAAAGGCAGUCUGAUCAUGGUGAUGAUGAGUCGCCUAAAAGCCUGUCGAACGCAGAAAGAACAUUCUCCCCUUCAUCACGAUUAUUACCAGAAGACUUUGUGUCUUCGCAAAGACAGCAUAUCCCUGUCGAUAAACGUGCUCGAGAACGGGUCGAAAGCAUUAGUUACUGGUGCUAA